GUCAAUGUCAUUGUUAGACAUUUUCUACCAGUCAAUGUCAUUGUUAGACAUUUUCAACCAGUCAAUGUCAUUGUUAGACAUUUUCAACCAGUCAAUGACAUUGUUAGACAUUUUCAACCAGUCAAUGACAUUGUUAGACAUUUUCAACCAGUCAAUGUCAUUGUUAGACAUUUUCUACCAGUCAAUGACAUUGUUAGACAUUUUCUACCAGUCAAUGACAUUGUUAGACAUUUUCAACCAGUCAAUGUCAUUGUUAGACAUUUUCAACCAGUCAAUGACAUUGUUAGACAUUUUCUACCAGUCAAUGUCAUUGUUAGACAUUUUCAACCAGUCAAUGACAUUGUUAGACAUUUUCAACCAGUCAAUGACAUUGUUAGACAUUUUCAACCAGUCAAUGUCAUUGUUAGACAUUUUCAACCAGUCAAUGUCAUUGUUAGACAUUUUCUACCCUCAAUGUCAUUACAUUUUCAACCAGUCAAUGACAUUGUUAGACAUUUUCAACCAGUCAAUGUCAUUGUUAGACAUUUUCUACCAGUCAAUGACAUUGUUAGACAUUUUCUACCAGUCAAUGACAUUGUUAGACAUUUUCAACCAGUCAAUGUCAUUGUUAGACAUUUUCAACCAGUCAAUGACAUUGUUAGACAUUUUCUACCAGUCAAUGACAUUGUUAGACAUUUUCUACCAGUCAAUGACAUUGUUAGACAUUUUCAACCAGUCAAUGUCAUUGUUAGACAUUUUCAACCAGUCAAUGACAUUGUUAGACAUUUUCAACCAGUCAAUGUCAUUGUUAGACAUUUUCAAACAGUCAAUGUCAUUGUUAGACAUUUUCAACCAGUCUCUCAGAGUUAA